AUUAGAUAAAGCUUAUUCUGGCUGAAUUUAUGUUUAGAGAACUAGAAAUUGUGACUAAGAGGGAACGUUUAAAUUCUUAGUUUGAAUAACACAGAAAAAAAUUCAAAAUUGCUGGUAAUAGCAUAUUAAUGGAUGAAAACUUUUCCUCUUAUGAGUUCACUAAAAGACUAACAAACGAAAGUAAUUCAAUUAUAUUAUUUUUAGGUGAUAGAACAGAUCAUCCAAGUAUCCUAACGAAAAUGGGUUAUCAAGUAGAUUCGUAUAAUUAAGAAUCACAGAUAAGAAAUAGAAAAUUAUCAAUUUCAUCAAAUUAAAAAUAAGAUCAAAGGCUACCUAGUCGUCAAUCAAAUAGCAAUUCUGUGGCAUCAAGGAAUUAAACUAUGGAAAUAAACAAAUAAAACUCAUAUGUGAAAACUAAUGUUUACAAUCAUUAUGGUAAUAUAAGAAAAACAUUUUGCUAUGAAAAUUAUGAUUAAGAAACAUAUAGUGAUAUUUCUUAAAAGUUCUUAAGUGAGAAUACACCUAAAGCCUAUAACAAAAAUAGGCCUUCUGAAUAAUUGAUUUCAACAAAAAGUAUAACAACUUUGAUUAAGUUUAAAUUUAGAAGAAUUAGAAGAUGUUUUUAAAUUAUAAAAGCCUUGUUCAGAAUGAAGAAUUUAUGCAAGUAUAGAUUAUUUAUAAAUUAGAUUAAAAAAUACAACUUGGGAUAUAUAGUAAGAGAUUUUGAAAAAAAAUUAGAAAAGUCUUAAAUUUAAUGAAAGUCUAACUGUUAUUAAAAUUAAGUAAUGGACUUAGAUGGUAUUUUCUAAAAUACUUUCAUUAAUUCAACAAAGAAAAUUAGAAAAUUGCAAACUUAAUUUUAUUGUAAUUAUAAUCAUUUAUAUAUUUCUAGGAUAAUCCUCAAAACAUGUCAUAAAUAGAAAAAGAUUAAGCUAUCAUAACAAUAACCAAUACUUUUACUUUUGCUAUGUAAAAUUUAGUUAUAAUGACAUCUAACUCUAAUUUAUUAAAUGAAUUAUAAGUCAUAAUGUAUUAAGAACAAUUUUUUGAAUAUAAAAAGAAGUUUAGUAAAUUUGUAAGUCAAAGAGUCAGGUAUAUAACAAAAGAUCAUUUGUAAUUAACUGAUUAAGAGAAAUAAUUAAUUUUAUCAGAAUGUAUCAUUAUCAAUAACUUGAUUCCAGGCUUAAUAAAAUUAACAGAAAGUUUGGAUAUAUUGAGAUGUGAUAAACCAAACAUAGAAUUUUUAAUUAGAUGUUUGAUUUCCUUAAUUCAGUAUUUUUUUAUAAAAAAUUUUUCUAAUAUUCCAAAAAUUGAAUUUUAGAAAUAAAAAAUAAAAUUUACAUAAUACUAAUUGGGAAGGAAAGAAUCAUCAAUGAUUUUGAUUAAUAAUGAUUAAAUUAAGUCUGAAGAUCUAAUUUAUGGAACUUAUAAUGCAGAAUAAUUAUAAGAAAUUUUGAGUAAAAAUAAUUGGUUAGAAGGAAAUACUUAGAAAAUGAAAAAUGUAGUAACUAAUUUAAUCGGAUUUUUCUGA